AUGGUCAAAUGGUUUAGUCUUGCUGCCUUUGACAUCAUUAGCGACCUGGCGUUUGGCCAGGCGGCUGGGUGUCUAGACGAUGCAUCCCAACCGUGGUUGCAAGUCAUUGGUGCUCGAGCGCAGGGAAUCGUCCGAUACCAGUUCGCUAUCUACUAUGGACUUGAAGCCUGGCUAGAAUGGCUCGCUCCAAAGGCCCAGAAGCUCGCUCUGAAGAGACAUGGAGAGUUGACUGCCGGCAAGGUCAAACGUCGACUUCAGCAAUCCGAUAACAAAAGAGAUUUUAUGAGUUACAUCUUGGAAAACCCACAAGCCGACCUCAGCAAUGCCGAUUUGGUUAGGAUGGCGUCAGCUUUCAUUGUCGCAGGCAGCGGCACAACGGCUACUGCACUUUCUGGCAUCACCUUCUACUUGUGUAGCAACCCGAAGACGUACACGGCACUAUCGGAAGAGAUCAGAACAACAUUUCAGACCGAAGAUGAGAUAUCAAUUGCAUCGACAGGGGAGUUGAAACAUCUUAAGGCCGUCAUCGAAGAAGGGCUGAGGAUAUACCCCCCCAGCCCAAGCGCUCUGCCGAGAUUUGUACCUGGAAUCGGUGAGGAAAUUGACGGAAGAUGGGUGCCUGGAGGCAGCGAUGGCUAG